CUCCUUCUUCUCCUUCUUCCUGUCCGCAACUCCUCCCCGAACCCUGAACUGCUGUUUUCACUUCCUCAAAACUCCAGUCCAUAUAAACCAGACCCUGACCUACUUGUGCAUUGGACCCGCCCGGCGCCCAAACAAGACGGCUUCGACAGAACCUGACUGCCUUCUGGAAUUCGAGAAUGUGGCAGCGUUGCGUUAGCGUGCUGCUGCUGGCCGUGUCGGCCGUGGCCCGUCUGGAUCAGGUGACCCUGGACAGGCAAUGGGAGCAGUGGAAGAUCACCCACGCUCGGGAAUACAAUGGCAUGGACGAGGAGGGCAUCCGGCGGGCCAUCUGGGAGAAGAACGCGCUGAUGAUCGAGGCCCACAACCAGGAGGCGGCGCUGGGCAUGCACUCGUACGAGCUGGGCAUGAACCACCUGGGGGACAUGACGUCGGAGGAAGUGAUGGAGAAGAUGACGGGCUUGGAGAUGCCCAUGACGCGGGAACGCGGCUUCACCAUGAGUCCGGAACAGCAGGCCUACGCGCUGCCCAAGUCGGUGGACUACCGCAAGAAGGGCUUGGUGACCCCCGUCAAAGACCAGGGUUCGUGCGGGUCCUGCUGGGCCUUCAGCUCGGCGGGAGCGCUGGAGGGUCAACUGGCCAAGACAACCGGUGAACUCCGGGACCUGAGUCCUCAGAACCUGGUGGACUGCGUGACGGAGAACAGCGGCUGCGGGGGGGGAUACAUGACCAACGCCUUCAAGUACGUGAGGGACAACGGAGGCAUCGACUCGGAGGAGGCCUACCCGUAUGUGGGAGAGGCACAGAUGUGCCGCUACAACUCGUCAGGCACGGCGGCCGAGUGCCGCAGCUACAAGGAAAUUCCCGAAGGCGACGAGCACGCCCUGGCCGUGGCGCUCUUCAAGGUUGGCCCCAUUUCGGUCGGCAUCGACGCUUCCCAGGGCACCUUCCAGUUCUACCAGAGAGGCAUUUACUACGACCCCAAUUGCAACAAGGACGACGUCAACCACGCCGUGCUGGCGGUGGGCUACGGCGUUACCCCCAGGGGCAAGAAGUACUGGAUCAUCAAGAACAGCUGGAGCGAGACCUGGGGCAACAAAGGCUACAUCAAGAUGGCGCGUAACCGCGGCAACCUGUGCGGCAUCGCCAACCUGGCCAGCUACCCCGUCGUGUGACCGCCUCUUCUUAUUCCUUGAGGAUGUUUGGCUGUAUCCAUGGCGACCAGUCUUUGGUUGUUGGUUUUUUUUUGGGUGUGUGUCUUCACGUUUGUUAUGUUAGCUGCUGUUUGCUGAAAUGUUUUUGACCUCAAAGCACGCACAUUAGCAGCGUCGCCGGCCGACGCAGUUCUGCGGACCCCCCCCCCCACUCCCCCCCGACAUGACAUCACUGGGGGAAAAGGUAUCUGUCUUCACAAUAUAAACAUAACGUGGCCGCAAAAUAUCACAUUAUGGCCAUGACGUAGGGGUAAUGUAGGCAUAACGUACCAACAUAUUAAAAUGAUUCUUGGACAGUUUAGUAAGCACGUGGAACGUAUUUAGUGCAUAUUAUACAUCCGCACAUAUUAUGAUCCUCAUCAAUUUUAAAGGCUUGACCUGGAUCCACGAUACCCAUGUAACAGUCGUUCAUAUUAAAUAUUAACAACCUAUCUUAGGUAGCCUGCUUCACAAAAUAAAUAACAUAAAGUGAAGAUGGAUGAAUUGCCCCCCACCAAAUUUCAUGUCUGGGGUUCCGUACAAUUCAGCACUUUCAUUCUGAUCAUUGUUAUUGGUGUGUAAAAAAAGUAUGUUUUGUAUGAAAUGAAAUUAAAAGUUCUAAAGACA